AUGACAUCCACGCUUGAUAAUUCAGUCAUCAACUAGCCCCACUAAGUCAGCUAGAUCUUCAAAAAUUAAAGCCAAAUCAUUCACAAUCUCUAGGUGAAAGACGCUCUCUAUAAAUAGCAAAUAUUAGUAUCCUCUACAGAGUACCAGCACUAACUUCAGAAACUUUCCGAUAUGCACUUGCAUCUUAAGUAGCUGUAAAACCAUAGAGAAAGAGAUUGCAAAGCUCUUAUUACUCAAGAGCAACUGAUCAACGAACUAAGAGCUAAAAUCUAGCAAUCUAAAAAUGAUAAAAAUGGCGGUGAUGCUUCUAUUAUAAAGAGCGAAAGCAAAUUCAAUAUGCAAAUGAAUGAUAAUAAACCUAAGUCUGUCAAAGAAUUAACAAAGGAAAACGAUAAAAUCUCGUAAAAUCUCAAUUAGCUUGUAAAGGUCAACUUCGAGACUGAAAAUGGCAUAAUGUUCAAGUUUGAAUCAUUGAACUAAGUUUUAUCAUCUCUAUUACAACUUCAAGAUUAAAAUGAUCCAAAGGUAUCCUAACUUCUACUUAAGUAGCUAUCAUUGUUCAAGACUAGAUUAGUAGACAAGGACCAAGAACUUAGAUCUUAUGUGGAAUAAAACUUGGCUGAUAACUAAACACUCAGAGAAUCAAUUGGCUAGAUGAAGUAAGAGUUGAAUGAGCUCAAAGAAGAAUGCCUUGUUGAUGACAUCAAGAUUUAUGAGUUUGAGAGGAAUUUGGAAAAUACCAAAAUUAAUAGAGAAGUUUCUAAAACUUGGGAGAAGGAGAGAGCACUUGAGAGAGGAGGUGAAGAGGAAGCCCAAAAGAUUGAGGAAGACUAUGACAUUAAGAGAAGCAAGGAUAAGGCUGAGGAUAUAUUAUCCAGGAUGAGAAAUAAAAUUGAAAAUGCAAGCAAGCUUGUAUCAGUCUCAGAAUGA